AUGCGUUUCUUGGUCACAGCAAUUGAUGGCUUUGGACAUAUCAACGCAGCUUUAGGAUUCGCUGAAGGUUUGAAAGCUGCUGGUCAUGAGAUUACCUUUGCUCAUCGAGAAAAACACAAAAACUUGGCUGUUAAAAGAGGAUUAUCAUUCAUUCCGUUUGAUGAAACAUUAGUUGAUGCAAAUACUGAGGAAAAUCUUUUCCAGUGGAUAGAUGCUGCUGGUGAUAGAUUUCGACAGGAACCGCUAAAACUAUGCCAUGACAUGAUCAACGAUAGUUCAGAAGAAGCAGCAGCUAAGGCUUAUUUUUUCAUUGCAUUAAAUGGUGCCAUGGAUGCAAUUGUUUCGGAUAAAAACAACAAAUUUGAUGCAAUUGUAGUUGAUUAUCCCACUCCAUUCCCUUUUCUGUACAAACAUUCAAUUCCUUGGUUUCCAUUAGCAUCAAUGGGCCCGUUAAUUUUGUAUCCAUCUGGACCUCCGCCAUUCUCUGGUUACUCAGUCCACAGCGAUAAAUCUAAUUGGGACGAGUUCAGAAAGGCUUACCAACUAGCCUAUGCAAAGAUUACUGAGGCGCAUAAUGCAAACAUAGAGGCUGCUGGUGUCAAAGGAGUUAAGUUCAACCCAUCAGUAUUCGUUGACAGCCCUCAGACAGUUGGAUUUUAUCAUUAUCCAGCUAACUUGGAUUAUACUGAAUGUGGAUCACGACGACCUAAUUGGUAUCGCGUUGAUUCUUGGAUCCGUCAGCCAGAUCUGGAUACAGAAUUUGUUAUCCCAGAGAAGUUACGUGAUAAACCAGGAAAAUUAAUUUACUUUUCUUUAGGAUCAUUGGGAUCGGCUGAUUUAGUUGUCAUGAAGAAGAUAAUCGCCAUUCUAGCCAAAUCUCCCCACAAAUUUAUCGUCUCUAAAGGACCUCGAGGUGAUGCACUCGAAUUGGCUGACAACAUGUGGGGUGAAAAUUAUGUUAAUCAAAUUAAGGUUAUUCAAGGUGUUGAUCUGGUCAUAACUCAUGGAGGUAACAAUACGUUUAUGGAAACACUUUAUUAUGGUAAACCCAUGAUUGUCAUUCCCUAUUUUUACGAUCAAUAUGAUAAUGCACAACGAGUUGUCGAUAAAAAGAUUGGGUUUCGGGUUAAUCCAUAUGAUAUUGAGGAAGAUUAUCUUCUUAAUUGUAUUGAGAACAUAUUUAAUGACAAUGAAAUGAUAGAUCGAGUUAAAGCUAUUUCACACAACAUGAGGAAUUCAAAUAGCUUGAAUGAGGCCAUCAAAAUGAUUGAAAAACAAACUGAACUAAAUAAAAAUAAAGCUCAAUGA